CACGUUUCUUAUUUUUUGAUCUGAAAUGCAAAAAGAUGAAAGGCGGCAAAAGAAUGUAAAUCGAACAACUGUCAUUAAAUUAUACAUUAGAAAAAAAUUCGCUAUACGUCCUCCAGUGAAUGAGGAUCCACGCUUAUACAGUCCCCGUUUCAAAUCCUUGAUCGUGGCAUGUGUAUCGCUUGUCGCUUGCACUGGUGGAUUCACCAGCACAAUUUAUUUUCCAGGUAUACCACUUAUAACUGAGGAAUUACGCGCGCCUGAUAUCGCCACAACCUUGACAGCAGCUCUUUUCGCUUUAUUCACGGGUAUAGCACCUGUAGUAUGGGCUUCAAUAUCUGAGUUUUUCCACGUUCGUCGCUUUAUCUUUUUAAUAGCCAUGACCAUUUUUAUGGUAACAUCCCUCGGAGCUGUUUUUGUACAUAAUAUAUGGGUUCUAGUCGUUGUUCGAUGCUUACAAUCAAUAGGCGUUUCCAGCGGACAGUCGAUUGGUGCAGGCUACAUUGCUGAUUUAUACCCCAUCGAACAACGCGGGAGAGCAUUUGGUCAAUAUAUGCUUGGUAUAAUCACAGGGCCACUCAUAGGUCCUCUUUUGGGAGGCCUCUUGCUUAUGAGUCCAACGACUUGGAGAGCUACUUUUUGGUUUUGCUUUGCUUUUGCUUUAUUUAUUUUAUGUAUUACUUUCUUUAUCACUCCAGAAACAUACCGUGAUAGUGCCAAAUUUGAUCUUCAACUGCCAACUGCUCGAACAGCUACAAAUAUGACAACCACUACAACUGUUACUAUUGCUAAUAAUAAUACACAAGGUGAAAAAGCACCAACACACACUUACAACUCUGUAAAAAUGGAAAGCAAUAGUAACACUGUUCAGAAUGUCACUGAAAUAAAAUCUAGUUCAUCUUCCAUUAUAACCACCAAUGAUAAUGAUAAUGUUGAUUCAGAUAUUACAUUCAGCAACCGAAAGAGACAAAUAGUGACGCCAGCUGUGAGCAAACCGUUCAAUCCAUUUGUAUCUUUUUGGCUCUUACGACAUCCAUUUGUUAUUAUGUCUGCAAUCACCUCAGGGCUCUUCUUUGGUGGUAUGUUUGCUAUCGAAACAAUUCUGCCAAAUGCCUUUAGGGAAAAUUAUGGAUUCAACUCCUGGCAAAUAGGUCUUAGUUACUUGGGUGCAGGUAUAGGGAAUAUUUUUGGAUCAUUAGUAGGUGGACGUUUAUCAGACCGGCUUCUGUUACGAUCAAGGAGGCUUCGCGGAGGAGCAGCAAAAUGUGAAGAUAGAAUAACAGCCAAUAUUUGGGUUGCCGGCGUGAUUUGUGUUCCAUUAGGGUUAUUACUGUUUGGCUGGAUUGUAGAAAAGAAGCUAAGCGUUUGGGGUGCCAUUAUUGCUUUUGGAGUACAGUGUUUCGGCAAUGUUCAAGUUAUUACAGCAACGACAGCGUAUUUGGUUGACUCUGUACCUGGCCGUGGUGCAUCCGCUACUGCUGCUGCUAAUUUUGUGCGUUUUUUGUUUGCUUGUAUUUUGUCAAUUAUAGCAACACCAAUGGUAGCAACUUUAGGUGCUGGGUGGACUUGUACAUUAUUUGCUGGUCUAUCUUGGCUCGGUAUGGGCAUAACAGCAGUACUUAAAAUAUGGGGAGAACCUAUGAGACAACGGAGUGGUUAUUGAGCCGUUCCUGCAAUUGUAUAUGAACAUAAUAAACUCAUUAUAUGGUUUCGGUUGUUUUUCUUUCUUCCAACAUAAUGUUAAUAUUUAUUGUUUAAUUUC